CGAGUAACAUUGCAUUCCAGCAGUGGCAGUAGCUAAGGGAAGAUUGAUUGUUCUCAAAGUGUAUCGCACUCUUAUAUUUUUACAUAGAUAUUCGUGCAGUGCAAAAACCAUUUAUAAAUUCUUUUGUUACAUUUUCAAUCCAAUCCAAGACAUAACAAAACUCUUUAACAAUGUUCGACUUCAAUUUACAAUUUGCCCGUGGAGGUGCCAACGUUACUGUAGAAUUAUUCGAACUGUUGACAGCAGGAGGCGUCAAGCAGAACAUAGUUUUCUCUCCUUUCUCCAUACAAACUUGUGCUGCUUUGGCUUUUGCCGGUGCUAGCGGUGAAACGGCUGAUCAAAUCGCUGAAGGACUGAAAUUCGCUUCGAAUUUUCAUCCCGAAGUUGCUGAAACCUUCCAACACGUUUUUGAAAAAUAUAAGGAUAGUGAGUUGCUCAAAAUUGCGAACAAAGUGUACGUUCAGGAAGGGCAACAGUUCAAACCCGAUUACGAAGUGGCACUGAAAGAGAGUUAUAACGCAGAGGCAGAAAACUUGAAUUUCGCGGAAAGUGAAAGUGCCGCUGCUGCCAUAAAUUCUUGGGUGGAGGACAAAACUGCUGGCCAAAUUAAAGACCUUGUGUCCGCUUCGGCCAUUAAUGAAUUAACACGUCUUGUGUUGUUGAAUGCUCUACACUUCAAGGGUUCAUGGGCGCAUAAAUUCGAUGAAGAACAAACUGCUGAAGACGACUUUUGGGUAUCCGAAGAAGAAUCAAUUAAACUGCCAUACAUGAAUCAGAAGGCGAAAUUCGGCUAUGGCUUCUUUGAGGAAUUGAACUGUCAGGCGCUCGAAAUGCCGUACAACAAUUCGGAUCUCUCCAUGCUAGUGCUGCUGCCUAAUGAACGCGAAGGCUUGAAAUCUCUUGCCGAGAAGCUGAAGUCAGUAAAUUUGGUCGAUUUAGCAGGGAAUCUUGAUUACAGCGAGGACGUUGUAGUUCAGUUCCCCAAAUUUAAGGUGGAAUUCGAAGUGGAACUGACCGAAACUUUGAAAAAGCUUGGAAUAAGCAAAAUUUUCAGCGAAGAGGCUGAGUUUAACAACAUGCUGGAGUCGCCCGAGGGUCUUCAAGUAUCCAAUGUAUUCCACAAAGCUGUUAUAGAAGUGAACGAAGAGGGCACUGAGGCAGCUGCUGCAACAGCGAUGAUAAUGAUGGCGCGUUGCAUGCUCAUGCCACUGCAAUUCACAGCAGACCGUCCAUUUUUCUAUGCAAUUUGGAAUAAGAGGAACAUUCUUUUUGCUGGUGCCUUUGUUAACGCACCAACAGCUUAAUUUGUUUACAUUAGAAGCACAGAAAGUAUUUUUAUACCCACUAUUUAUACAUACAUAUAUAUGUACUUAUUUAUGUAUUAAGUAAAUAUUUUCUAAAAA